GAGUGCAGGCAGGCUGACAAUGAUUUCCUCAGUGAUUACGUACAGAGCGAGUCCCUGCGGGUUAGGGGCCCCCUCUGGAGCCAUCCUGAUGGCUUUGGGGGCCUUGCUUCCAUUUUCCAUUAUUAUGUGGACUACCGGAGCGACAGCGCAGUCCAAGACCUUGCAGCUGUUUGCUUUUAGGAUGUCUCGCCGCAAGCAAGCUAAACCGAGAUCACUCAAAGAAACCCAGAUUCUAGAAACAACCAAUUGUAUGAAGCCUUGGGGUUGGCGGAGGAGGAAAAGAGUAGAAGAAAAUGAAACAGAGGACCUGCAGGCAGGUGUGGGACACACAGCCGCGCAGACUGACCCUAACUGUAAACUAGAAGACAAGACAGAAGAUGGAGAAGUGUUAGACUGUAAGAAAAGGCCAGAUGAAGGGGAGGAGUUGGAAGAAGAAGCCGUGCACAGCUGUGACAGCUGCCUCCAGGUGUUUGAGUCGCUGAGUGAUAUCACAGAACACAAGAUUAAUCAAUGUCAACUGACAGAUGGAGUGGAUGUUGAGGAUGACCCCACUUGCUCAUGGCCAGCAUCAUCGCCUUCCAGCAAGGACCAGACUUCCCCAAGCCAUGGAGAAGGUUGUGAUUUUGGUGAGGAGGAAGGAGGCCCAGGGUUGCCCUAUCAGUGCCAGUUUUGUGACAAAUCGUUCAGCCGCCUCAGCUACUUAAAGCACCACGAGCAAAGUCACAGUGACAAACUCCCUUUCAAAUGCACUUAUUGCAGUCGUCUCUUCAAACACAAACGAAGCAGGGACCGCCACAUAAAGCUUCAUACGGGAGACAAGAAGUAUCACUGCAGUGAGUGUGAUGCAGCAUUCUCAAGGAGCGAUCAUCUUAAAAUUCACUUAAAGACUCAUACGUCCAACAAGCCAUAUAAAUGUGCCAUUUGUAGACGUGGAUUCCUGUCAUCCAGUUCGCUGCACGGCCACAUGCAGGUUCACGAGAGGAACAAGGAUGGCUCUCAGUCUGCUUCCCGGAUGGAGGACUGGAAAAUGAAGGACACUCAGAAGUGCAGUCAGUGUGAAGAAGGCUUUGAUUUUCCUGAAGAUCUUCAGAAGCACAUUGCGGAAUGUCACCCUGAGUGUUCUCCUAAUGAAGACCGAUCUGCUCUCCAGUGUGUUUACUGUCACGAACUCUUUGUAGAGGAAACGUCUCUGGUGAAUCACAUGGAGCAGGCUCAUAAUGGUGAGAAGAAGAAUUCAUGCAGCAUUUGCUCUGAGAACUUUCACACUGUGGAAGAGCUGUACAGCCACAUGGACAGUCACCAGCAGCCAGAAUCAUGCAACCACAGCAACAGCCCAUCAUUGGUAACUGUUGGCUACACCUCAGUCUCAAGUACCACUCCAGAUUCCAAUCUCUCUGUGGAUAGUUCAACAAUGGUGGAAACGGCUCCCCCUAUACCAAAAGGCCGUGGAAGAAAGCGGGCAGCUCAGCAAGUGCCAGAUAUCACUGGUCCUUCAAGUAAACAGGCAAAAGUUACCUAUAGCUGCAUUUAUUGCAACAAACAGUUAUUUUCCAGCCUUGCAGUUUUGCAGAUACACCUGAAAACUAUGCAUUUAGAUAAACCUGAACAAGCCCAUAUCUGUCAGUAUUGUUUGGAGGUAUUGCCAUCUCUCUACAAUCUGAACGAACAUCUUAAGCAAGUCCACGAAGCUCCGGAUCCAGGGCUGAUUGUUUCCACUAUGCCUGCCAUGGUGUACCAGUGCAACUUCUGCUCUGAAGUGUUCAAUGACCUCAACACGCUUCAAGAACAUAUCCGAUGUUCUCAUGGAUUUGCCAACCCUGCUGCUAAGGACAGUAAUGCGUUCUUUUGCCCCCAUUGCUACAUGGGGUUUCUUACAGAUUCUUCUCUGGAAGAGCAUAUUAGACAAGUCCAUUGUGAUCUUAGCAGUUCCCGUUUUGGUUCCCCUGUGCUCGGAACCCCAAAAGAUCCAGUAGUGGAAGUGUAUUCUUGUUCUUACUGUACAAAUUCUCCAAUAUUUAAUAGCGUUCUUAAACUGAACAAGCAUAUCAAGGAGAACCAUAAGAACAUUCCUUUGGCACUGAAUUACAUCCACAAUGGAAAAAAAUCCAGAGCCAUGAGUCCCUUAUCUCCUGUAACGAUUGAGCAGACCUCUUUAAAAAUGAUGCAGGCGGUUGGAGGUGCUCCUCCUCGUCCUGCAGGUGAAUAUAUUUGUAAUCAAUGUGGUGCUAAGUAUACUUCCUUGGACGGUUUUCAGACUCAUUUAAAAACACAUCUUGAUACUGUCCUGCCAAAACUGACCUGCCCUCAGUGCAACAAGGAGUUUCCAAAUCAGGAGUCUCUGCUGAAGCAUGUUACCAUUCAUUUUAUGAUCACUUCAACCUACUACAUCUGUGAAAGCUGUGACAAGCAGUUUACUUCUGUGGAUGACUUGCAGAAGCACCUACUAGACAUGCAUACAUUUGUAUUCUUCCGCUGCACCUUGUGCCAAGAGGUUUUUGACUCCAAAGUCUCCAUCCAACUACACUUGGCUGUGAAGCACAGCAAUGAAAAGAAGGUAUAUAGGUGUACGUCUUGCAACUGGGAUUUCCGCAAUGAGACUGACCUACAGCUUCACGUUAAACACAACCACUUGGAGAACCAAGGCAAAGUGCACAAGUGCAUCUUCUGUGGUGAGUCCUUUGGUACAGAGGUGGAGCUGCAGUGCCAUAUUACUACGCACAGCAAGAAGUACAACUGUAAGUUCUGCAGCAAAGCUUUCCAUGCCAUCAUCCUGCUGGAAAAGCACUUAAGGGAAAAACAUUGUGUUUUUGAAACAAAAACUCCAAAUUGUGGAACGAAUGGGGCAUCUGAACAGGUUCAGAAGGAAGAAGUGGAGCUCCAGACCUUGUUGACAAAUAGCCAGGAGUCCCAUAACAGCCAUGAUGGCAGCGAAGAGGAUGUGGACACAUCUGAGCCUAUGUAUGGCUGUGACAUUUGUGGAGCGGCUUACACCAUGGAGACUCUCCUGCAAAACCACCAGCUUCGAGACCACAACAUUCGACCUGGAGAAAGUGCCAUAGUGAAGAAAAAGGCUGAACUCAUUAAAGGGAAUUACAAGUGUAAUGUGUGUUCUCGAACAUUCUUCUCUGAAAAUGGGCUCCGAGAACACAUGCAGACACACUUGGGACCAGUGAAACAUUACAUGUGCCCAAUCUGUGGCGAGCGGUUUCCAUCUCUUCUGACUCUUACUGAACAUAAAGUCACACAUAGUAAGAGCCUGGACACCGGAAACUGCAGGAUUUGCAAGAUGCCUCUCCAGAGUGAGGAGGAAUUUUUAGAGCAUUGCCAGAUGCACCCUGACUUGAGGAACUCUUUGACAGGGUUCCGCUGUGUGGUGUGCAUGCAGACUGUGACCUCCACGUUGGAACUGAAAAUCCACGGCACAUUCCACAUGCAGAAAACUGGAAAUGGUUCUGCCGUGCAGUCCACGGGGCGCGCACAGCAUCUCCAGAAACUGUACAAGUGUGCUUCUUGCCUGAAGGAAUUUCGUUCAAAACAGGAUUUAGUGAAACUUGACAUCAAUGGUCUGCCAUAUGGUCUGUGUGCUAGCUGUGUUAAUCUCAGUAAAAGUGGUAGUCCAAGUGUCAACAUCCCAUCAAGCAGUAACAGACAAGGCAUGGGCCAAAAUGAGAACUUGAGUUCCAUUGAGAACAAAAGCAAGGCAGGGGGACUGAAGACUCGAUGUUCUAGUUGCAAUGUUAAAUUUGAAUCAGAAAGUGAACUCCAAAACCAUAUUCAGUCAAUCCACAGAGAGCUUGUUCCAGACAGCAACAGUACACAGCUGAAAACACCACAAGUAUCUCCAAUGCCCAGAAUCAGCCCCUCCCAAACUGAAGAGAAGAAGACCUACCAGUGCAUCAAAUGUCAGAUGGUUUUCUACAAUGAAUGGGAUAUCCAAGUUCAUGUUGCAAACCACAUGAUUGAUGAAGGACUGAACCAUGAAUGCAAGCUCUGCAAUCAGACAUUUGACUCUCCUGCCAAACUUCAGUGCCACCUGAUAGAGCACAGCUUUGAAGGCAUGGGGGGCACCUUCAAAUGUCCAGUGUGCUUUACAGUGUUUGUCCAAGCAAACAAGUUGCAGCAGCACAUUUUCUCAGCCCAUGGACAAGAGGACAAGAUCUAUGACUGCACACAGUGUCCACAGAAGUUCUUCUUCCAAACAGAGCUGCAGAGUGCCUGGAUGUCUCCAAGAAGUUGAAAUUCUCAUGUUGAAUACCUGAAGCAUGACCACAGAGCUUUCUAUACAGAUGAACAAUUUUCUUCAUCCAUCAUCCGUUCUACUGAACUUUUAAUUUAUAAGAAAAUAAAGAAACUUAUAACUAAUUUAAUUUAAUGAUGAAUUUUCAAUAAAUCAUGAUAAAGUCAUUUGCACCUACUAAAACCUCCUUUUCCUGUUGUCAUGCUAUUUCUAGGGUCUGUUUCUUUUGCUUUAGUCUUCAAACUUCAGUGUUUGAAUGGAUGUUCCUUGCGCCUGAUGACAAGUAGCCACUCUGUCCUAUAUCCAGCCCUAAUGUUCCUUCCAUAGCCAACACAACAUAACUCAGUGUUUAUAGGGAGUCAUGAUAUGCUCUUAUGAUGUAUUAUGGUUCAUAAUGAAUGAGUUCAUUUUAGAUUUUUUUUGUGUUGCUGGGUCAGAGAGGUAACAAUGCUUAGUAGUAAUGCAGCAUAAUUGUAUGGGAUCAGUGUUGUAUCAGGGAUGCUAGUUAGUUCUGAGUAUGAUACCACUCAAGAUUACGUGGCCUCCCAAGACCAUUUUGCCCAGUACAAAAACUGUUUCUCUUUUAAGUGAAUUAGAGCAUUCACUUAACAUUUAACUAAUAACUAGUUAUCCAUGGGGUAGUUAAUUGUCCGCACUUCACAGACAUAAAAACUAGAGCAAGAAAUAAUUGUAUCAGCAGUUACUUCCCAUCCUGUUGGAAAGGGACCUGGCUUCAGUGACUCACACCCUUACUACUUCCCAUCUGGAGUCCAUCAGCACAGAAUACCUGGCACAAAGCCAUCAGCCUGUAGGACAUUCCAGCCAAUACAGAGAGCUGCCACACUGCUCCUCAGUAGCAAAGGAGACCUGAAGCAAAUUCACCCUGUUCUCUUGGUGCCUCUCUGCACUGCCUGCCUACAUGCUUGGCCAGUUGGGCUCCAAGACUUGUUCCUUAGUAUUUUUGGUGGCCUCGGUCCAGUGCAUCUCUGAGAUCAUCUGAAAAGUUCUUCCCAUUUGGCAACUGGUUGACAGCCUUUCUUUGUGAGUGCUUUUAUCAAAGAGCUGAAGCUUACUUUGCACAGGAGCUAGAACCAUCUUGUAGGCUGGCCCAGGAAUGCAAAAGAGACUUCCACCAGAGUUAAGUAUUACAAUGAAUGUCCUCAGCUUAUGCUUUCAAGAGCAGGGCAUCUAUAGGUGCCAAAGGCUCCCUUCUCUCAUAUGAAUAUGUACCUGAAUGCAGAUUUCUGAACCUCCCCCAAAACCCCAAUCCACAACAGAGCUCCUUCCAAACUGAACUACACAGUACCUUCCCGAGGGAAAGGAUGAAAGAAAGAAUGAAGCACUCAUAGCAGAUGUUAUUUGUGUUGUUUAAAACAGCAGGAGAACAUUCUCAGCUCCUGGUGAAAGCAGCUGAGGGUGGAACUCACAUGAACCAGAGCAAGGUAAAGGCAGCAUAGGAGAAUGUCCAGAAGUUUUAGCUAACUUUGUGUAUGUCCCUCUGUGGAUGUCCAGGUUGAACUUUCAUGUUCCAUGGCUAGCAAUGUUGAAACUAAUUUUCCAGUCUUUACCUCUUUUAUUUUAAGGGUUAAAUUUUCCAAAGACCCCUGAAUUGUAAAAUGCUCCCAAAGAUCUCAACAUUUUGAAACAACUUUAAAAUACCUUUGAGCUGAGCUGAAUCAGAACUAAGCAAACUCUAGGCUACUGAAAAAAAUAGGAGUCUUGACUGAGACCACUACUGGAAACAGUAGCAGGGCUGUGAUUGAAACCCUAUGUUCUGUCAUACUGGGGGGCAGCUAAAGAAAACCUGUACUAAAGCUGGGCUGGGGUUGCCUCCUUGUGUCAGAGGCUUUCUGGGGGCCAGCUGAGAAAGAGAUUGUUGUGGGAAUAGCACCAGCCAUAGCAGCAAUGGCACCACUACCUCCAGGUAGGAAUUGUUUUGCCAACGACCCCAAGAGGGUUGAGUCUGUGCAUGUGGAUCCCAACAGUAAGUCUUGCAUGACAACAGGGGAGGCAUGAAUAAUUUAUACUCUUUACACAAAAACGAGGAUAAAACUUUCAAACCUGCAGGUGAAGUUACAUUUUCAAGAAUGUUUUCUUCACAAGGAAAAGGCCUCAAAACAUUUUUUUAAGUGAAAUUGGAGAUCAGCUCUGGCAUUUCUAGGUCCCCAAACUCUUAGGGUGAAGAGUGGAACAGAGAUGCUGGCUUUCUAGGCCCCAAAGGCCAGGAGCCAGCAGGGAAUAACUUUGUCAGCUCUUCUUAAACAGAAGCCUACCUGAAAUCCAAUUAACAAUCAAAGCUUUAGGCCAACAUUUUUAAACUCAAUGGCCUAUUUCUGAGAGGGUGCUGAGCACCUCCAGCUGCAGUUAAGGUCAGUGCAAGAAGUUGGUGCUGAGUACAUCAGGAAAUCAGGUCAAAAAUGCCUGAAGAUAGCAACCUUGUUAAAAGCAUGGGUGCUGUGCAGCAAACAACCACCUUUUAAGGUUUCUGCAAAACACUUUUAAUGCCUAAAUACAGGCACCAGGUUCAGUGAUGUCGGCCUUAGUCUUUAGCAGGUUGCUUUUUGUCAAAGCAGAUGCCUGGGAGUCAGGAGAGCUGGAUUCAGUUGCGAAGUCUGGUACUAACUUGCUCCACUUAACCAUGCAUCCUCUUCGUCUAGUGAGGGAGGAUGAUGAUAACAAUAUGCAUGACAGAGAUACUAAGAAUGUAAUUAAUGCUUAUGUUUUGAGGGAACUAGAUAGAGAGAGCUGCAUGUAUUACAACUGUUACCAGUCUGAGUGCUCUUUUUCCUGAACCCUUACAGUGCUUUCUGUUUCAAAGAAAAUAAGUGUAUGUUAGCAUGUACCAGUGUGUGCACGUAGGGUGCAUUUAUGCGCGUGAUUGUGGCAACUGUGUUUUAUUUCUCAAAAAUAAGCCCAUGCUCAAAAAGAGUGCCUGAAAAUUCUCAAAACGCUAUCAGAUAAAGUAUAUCUCUACGUCUUCCAAGAUUUAAAACAUCCAGAUUUGUCUUCCUGGGACCUGAGACUUCUUUCUGUGGAAGGGAGAAUUACUUCCUUUGCAAAUUUUCUCAGAAAUGCAAUGAAGAGAAGCGUGGGGGAGGUACUUGUGCAUUAGCUCGUUAAGGACAUACCUUCCAAGUGUUUCCCCUACAGGUCUUUUACUUCAAUGUCAAAGUUUAAAUACAAAAAAAAAAAAAAAAAACAACCCACCACCAACAACAAAACCGACUUUGAAUUCCCUCCCAGCAGCCACUUCCCCCCUGGAGAUCCAGGGGUGUUACAGCCCUAUUAGGUUUUUCAUGCUGUAAUUCUUUUCCAAAUAAUAAAUUUCCAGGUUUGGAGCUGGUGAGUUCACUGGCCUUUGAUUGGCCUAUUCAAAUGUAAACACUCUUUGUGAGUAGUUCAUUAGUCCAUGAAUAUUUACAGCACAGUGCAAGGACCACCAAGUCCCAAGUGACAGAGUUUUAUAGGGACCAUUUUGAUUUAACUAAAUAGUGAUUGACAAUAGUGAUGAGUAUUACCGGUUCUUACUAGUCUGCACAUUCUCCAUAUACUUGUAAAUCUACAUCCAACAAUCAACCCGUGACACUUUCUGUGCUGUUUCCUGUAAAUAAGCAGGAAACAAUGAGUUCACAUCUCCUGUACAUUCCUCAAAAGGAUCUUCCUCAAAUUUCUAGAACAAUUGCAUCACAAUUAUGAUUUGUGUUUUCAGGUACUUAGAUGAUGUUAUUGCUUAAAUUACAGAUUUAAUUGACAAGGAUGGCGUACCAGUUAAAUGAUUAUAUUGCCUUUAAAUAGAUAAGUUUAAUCUUGAGAAUGAAUUCAGACUUAUGGAGCAACAGAACAGCAAAAUAACUGGAAGCUAAGUAUAAUAUUCAAAACAAGUGCUCAGCUAUGCCCACAAAAUACCAAUACAAAAAUAAGCAGAAAUAUAUAUAUUUCUUCUCUUUCAGGAGGGAUAGUCAUACUUAAAUGUGUAUGUACUUGAAAUCAAUUGCAACAAAAAAAAAGUUAACCCAUAGUUUGGGUCUCAGUUAUUCUCUGGUAUGAUCGAUAUUAAAUAUGUUCUAAGAAACAUAAAAUAAUGUAAUUGUCAUGACUGCAAAGACUGUCAUGCAAAUAUUAAGUGAAGUUUGUUGUCUCCAGUCUGAAAACAGGAAACACUGGUGAUCAGAGGAUAAUCUCCACUUUCCUUUGUCUUCUUCUUAAGAGUUGAUUCAGAAAUGUAAAAAUGAUGUUAUGUGCCAACAUUAACAUUAGGGUUUCUGAUUGCUUUAGCUAAUUGAACAGCAAAAUGUGCAAGCUUUCAUCCCAAAGAAGCAAAUCAUAAGUUGAUGCAGAAAAGAAAAUGCAUAGAAAGGCAGGAGAAGAGGGAAACAAACAGCAAAGGAGUAGAAGUAGGAAAGAGAUUAUGGAGUGAAGAAAGAAAUGAGAUAGAAAUAACAGUGCUUACAAGGUCAAUAUUUUUCUGCUGAGUGAUGCUGAUAAUAAUACUGUGAAUCUAUGAUUCUAUGAUUCUAAUGAUAAGACACUUGUAAAAAUAAAUUGUGAUAAUAAUAAGGAAAAGUUCAGUUAUUACAUAAAGGCCAAUUUCUAACCUCAGUCCUUAAAGAAACCUCUGUGAAUAUCAUGGAGUCCUCUUGCAGAUUGAGGGCAGGGAAAGCAGUAAAUUUAUUCCCUGACCCGCAAAUAAUCAUUAGAAAUGGAAUUCUGCCCUUUGCUGAAAAUGAGUUUUUAUCAUCUGUGCCCUGAACAUUUCAGCCCACACCUCGUCAUUAGUCAGAUCAGUUGGCUGGUACACCUGGAGUAAGCAGAAGAAAUAAGCACUGUGUUCUCGUUUGAAUAAUUUCCCUGGUAGAUCAGCUCCAUUCUCUUAAUUGUCCAUCCAUUAAUUUCUUGCUAAUGUAGUUGAUAUCGAUGACUGAUUUUCUGUGCUGAACAGGAAGCACCACUUCUUCAUUCUAGGAUGCAUUCCUUCCUACGACUGCCCUGCUGUUAGCUACCAGUAGCUGCCAUUAUAUUAUCUUUCAUCUGGCCCAGAGCUGACAACAGAUGGCCAUCUCCGGGACUGCCAUCAGUGUGACUUUAUGAAGCAUCCAGCUAUGGUGUACUGAGGAGCUUCAUGGCCAGUUCUGCAAAUCUGCCUCCCUUCCCCCAGCCCUCUGCUGGCCCCCCCUCCCUCCAUCCCCAUGAAUAUGCUCCUCGUUCCUGGCUCCACUCUCCACUGGUUCCCAACAAGCAAUGGCACAACGCUAUGGCUGGAAGCUUGCUGCUUGAAAUCUGCCCCCUCUUUCCACCGUAGUGCUAGCAGAGGGUUGCCAUGGCUCUCACGUACCCCAGCAUCCACACUCCUCAAUUUUUCAGUGCACAGGCAAAGGGGCUCAGUAGCAGCAGACCUGCCACCCUCUAGGAUCUGCAGCCUGAUCUUCCCAUCUUCUUCCAUCACUGAGCUUAGCUCGGGAGCCCUGUUUCUCCUCAAACUCAGGGACUUGGAGAGAGGGGGGAUGUUUGAUCUCGGUUUCUUAACGUUCUGUAAGACAUGCUGCCAAACCGAGAUUGGAGUAUAUUAAGUGUGAAGGAAGGUAAAAUAUCGAUUAGAGACACAAAAUGGAGAAAAGUAGGGAAUUCACAGUCAUCCUGAUUCCAUUGACGUGUUAGAUCAUUCGGAAAAGCAACUGGGCAGCUGCUGUGCGUUUUGGAAACAGAUAUAUUGUUUGCUCUUGACAGAGGUUUCUGAAGCAAGAUACCUCCGGAGCUGAACCUAUAUUUUAAGAGAAAUUCACAUUUGUAUCCUUUAUUGUGAUAUUUGCAGCAAGUCUACAGCUAGUAACAGUCUCUGCCCUGAAGCUAUGAAGGAAGAAGGCUCCAUUGUUGAAGAGAGAUCAGCCUUCCUUCCCUGUGAAAGGCUGAGGUGCGGGAGGGAAGAUGAAUAGUGCUUAAAAGCAGUGCUUGCAGUGCUGUCAUUUAGAACAGGAACGCUGAGGAUUUAAACGAAAGUGAAAGGCAUGGUAAAUGAAUCCUUUAAAAUCGGACAAAUUUUCAGCCGCCUAAAAUAACAAGUUUUCUCCAUUGAUAGAUCCACUGAGUAGGAGGAAAGUUGGGAGGGGAUGAAUUCCCUUAGGGAGGAGGUGCAGAUAGUUUGUGAAAACAAGGUGUGGUCAGUGAUUCAUAAAGAGACACAUCCAGGAAACUCCAGCAAACAGCAAUCUUGGCUCCAAAGUGGUAGCUUGCCCUUGUUUCUUUUUCUUUUUUUUCUUUUUUUUUUUCCUUUUUUUUUUAAUCUAUUUCCUUUUCUUUUCUGAGAGCAUCAGCGUCGUUAGAUUGCUCCUUCCCAAACAUUAGUCAAAAAGUGUCGGAUGCAGAUGGCUGCACAACUGGAGCUGUUCCUUACAAAACCCCAACCUGGAGGAACAGCUUUGAGGUUUAGCUUUGCUACCUGUUCUCAGGGUCAGGUUCGCCAUGCUUUGAUCAGACUGAGACUGAGGUAUGAUUUGGGGUGGAAAAAGAGUGUGUUUUUGUAGGCUCUCGUGAUUUUUUAUUUAAGUAGGGCUUCCUUUGUGUUCAAAGCUGAAAUGAACGUCCUCCACCCUGUUAACAAGAGGGAAAGAGAUGAUUCAGGCCUCGUGAACCAACACUGCUGAGUUAAAUGCAUUUCUACAAGCAGCUUUAGUUGUUCAGCUGUAUUGUUAUAGACUCGUUUUAUAACUGAAUCACUGGACAUAGGCACUGAUUGUGGGUGUACUCUGAUCAUCUGCUUGGGGGUACUCUAAAUCGGUGCAUACGCUGCUUCCACCUAUACUCUGUGUGUGUAGACGUGUGGUAUGUAAUAUAAAGAAGCCGAGGUAUUGUAAAAUAUUAGUGGUGCAUUUUGCUUUGCUUUGAGUUUGUAAAGGUGAAAGGUGACUGUGCAGGAAAAUGGAACAGUAUAUUUGCUGUGAGACAGGCACUAAGAACUCACUCCCAUGCUCAGUUAUAAUUCAUGACUGUACUGGUGGGAAGCCCUUAUCCCUCUGUGGAGUUAAUGCAUCUCUACUGUAGCCUGCUGAGAGCACCCUGUGUCCCCUCCCACCAUCUGUGCAUUCACUUGCGUGCUUUCUCUCUCUCUGCUGUGAGAUCUCUUGGUGUUAAAACUGUCAGACUACUACUGCCUGGUAAAGGUGGCUUUAUGAUGUGUAUUAAUGUUGAAUUGUCAUUUAAAGGGUGAGGAGGUAGGAAAGGGAUACGUUACCAUUUGUUUUAAGCUCUCGCACAAAAACGCUGACGAGCAAAUCGAAAGGUAAAUUUGUUUCUUCAGACAGCAAACAGCUUUGAACAGCGUACAGAAAAUUCCACAAUGUAGGGUAAGACCUAUUAAAGGCAAAUGCAUCUUUGUUCCUGAUCCGAGCAUAUUUUGUUGUUUCUUGGUACAGGAGGUCUCUGCUUUCAAUGCUGUGAUUUGAACUAAUGACACUGUAAAUGGAAUAAUAUUUAUUUACCAAUGAGCUGGUUUAGCUGACAGCAAUUUUGUUUUCUAAAAGUUGAUCUGCCCUUUUAACAGAAAUGCUCUCUUGCAGGCUGCAAGUUAAUUGCUUCUGUGCUACCUGAGACUUGAAAUUCAUGUGUGCUCUAAGCUGGCACAAUCUGACUUAAAUAGGUAGGAUAGAAAGAUUUGUUAUUAUUAUUGCCGUGAGGCACUGCCAGAAGACUGGAAGGACUGUCUAGCUUAGAAAGAACUGAACUUCUUUCACAGAGGUUUGAGAUGAUGCUUUAUCAACCUGGCACCUUGCUGCGUGGAUAGAUAUUAGACUCAGAAUAUGGCUAAAGGACUGUGUACCUGACUGUCACAGCAAUAUUAAUUUGCAGGGUUUCAUGAAUGUAAUCUUACGUCUUCUGUUGUUUGUAUUCCUUUAAAACUUAUAAAUCAAAUCCAGACCUGGAAUACCAGUGUAUGAUCUUAACAGAUGUGCUGCCAUAAGGGACCUACUAGGUUAUAAACUACAGAAAUGAUCUUUCUGUAUUUCAGAUUCCUAGCUUAUUCUGGGGAGAUUCAGGAACUGCAGGAGUGAGGUGGAAGGUCAUGUGUUAGGACGGUAGCACCCACCCAGCACUUGACGUUUGGUGUAAUUGUCAGGAAACCCACAUUUAGUGGCUUUGUUAUGCAGUCGUAGCAUCCAACUGAAGUUCCAGAGCAAAAGUAGGGCAAGGAUGACUUCAGUAGCUCUGUGUCCAGGUUUUCUUAGGUGAAAGAUCACUUUGAGAUGACACAGCUGAGUAGUCAGGCUGAAAUCCUGGUUGGUAUUUUAUUAAUUUUGCACCAAGAUAAAUCCUGAAAUUCUGACAAACUCUGUGACAGGUGAAAUUCCUUCUUGCAGAAUCUGCUCAGCAAGAGGCUGCUCAUUUCGUUCUGUUCGGAGGCAGGCAACAGGAGGGCAGCUUUAUAAUCAGCCCUCAGCGGACCCCCAGCCGCCCCAGAGCCUUGGACUGAUUGAAUAACUCCUGGGCCUCUUCCCCUAGGCCUCCAUCAGCAGGGGUCCUGUGGAAAGCAAUCUCCCGCAGACUGGCACUGAAGUGAGCUUUAAACUACUAUUUUCUGCUCUCCAGAGGAGCCUGGAGUACUAAAAGAUAGAUGGACUGCAGAUAUUUUAUGAGAAACUGUCAGAAGAAGAGCAGAGUAAAUGUUUUUUUUCCUCCUUCUUGGAGUCACACACGCUGCAGCGCUGUAGAAUUCUUCCCAGAAUCUUUUGCUGCUCAAGUUUGAAAUUAAUUGGUUGCUAACCUUAAUUUCCCCCCUCCGCCUCCCUCUUCUUUCUCUUUCUUUUUUUUUUCCCCUUCCUCCUCCUUCUUUUCCUUUUUUUUUUUUUUUUUCUUUUCUUAAAUAUUCACUCGGAGGCCCUUUGCUUAACCACAGUUGCAGAAAAUCAGUACCAUUUGCACUGAAAUAUUUAUAAUGACAGAAUGAAAAAUUGGAUUCAUUUUCUGGCCUGUAGCCGAACAGUCUGCAACUUUGUGCGGCAUUGUUUAGCAUCUCUCAUUCCUCCCUUUCACUGGGGUCGUUCUCAGACACACACGCACGCGCUGCCCAUGCUUCAGAGGAAUGCUUAGCAAAACACAGAGCCAUUUUUAAUCUCAGCCUUGUGAAAACAACUUGUCUCCAACCUUGCCACCAUCUGCGGGGGGAAGCAGAGGGGGAGUGCACAGGAAAUGAGUUGACUCCCUCUUAAAGGAGAGAUUAUAAAGGAUGACAUGCAGUAAUCUGCUCCGUACAGCAAGGCAGAGUGUGGCUGGGGUGCAGCAGGUUGCCUUGGUGCCUUCCUAGGGAGGCAUGGCACUGAGCAUGGGGAUGGGUAGCACUCUCUGCUAAUCCCUUUUCUCCUCCUAAUUCCCCGCAGUGGCUUUGGGAAACUCCUUUUGUGUGUGGACACAGACCAUGCCUCUAGAGUUCUUCUCUGCACCUCCAGCAACCAGAGGGUGCUGAAACUGCACGUAUUCAGUUCCCUCGAAGCAGUGGUGUGAAGGUGAAAUGGUUGAUGUUUGCAAAGUGCUUUGAAAAUGGAAGUGCGAUUCCUCGGGCUCCAAUUUGCAUCCCCUGCCAGUAUAAAAGGUACCUUUAGUCAGACAGCCAAAGAUUCCCUUAGUAUGCAGCGAUUCCUGUUUAUUUUGCUAGCUGGUUCUCUAUCACUCCCUUUUGGUCCUCGCAGGCGUGUCUCGGGCUCUGAUGAAUUCCAGGGAUUUUUAAUUGAUAUAUCAGUCUCCUGGGGGCUAUUAUGAGCUGGCGUAAGGUCAGGCGGCCUUAUGAACGCUUUAACUUGCAUUGAGGACUAAGCUGGUCCAAGUUAUGAACAUAUAGGCCACACGGAUUUAGAAAAAAUAGAUGGCGGUUGUAUAGGAAUUAGUCUGAAAAUGUCAGAAAUUUAUCAGAGAAUGGUAAGUCUCUGCAGAUGUUGGAGUGUUCUGCAGAACUUAAUAGAGAAAUAUAUCUCUGAACAGUGGUGAUUCCAAAACCCUUAGAAAUGAUUCUCUGGUGAGUUCUGUAGACUGUUUGACAACUGUGUUAGUUUCUGGAAAAGCCCUGUGGCCGAAAUAUCAAUCCCUGAUGCCUAAAAAGAGGCACCCGGAGACCACCCUGGGCCACCUAAGUAAGUGGGUUGGAUUUGGGAAUGGGAUUCUGCUAGGUGCUGAGAAUUUCCUGGAAAUAUAGGUUCCAGAAAUCGCCUCCCAAGGUUCAAAAGCGUCAUCUAGCCGGCUUCGUCCAUAUGCAAUUUAUAAUAUAGCACUAUUGCUAUAAUGCCUGCUAUACAGCAGGUACUCGUAUGUAGCACUAAAUUCUCAUGUCUUCUCCACACCACUCAGCUGAGCCUGAAUUGUUCAUUUGGUUUCUUCAGUCAGAGCUUCAAAAUGUUGUCUCCCUCACAGUAGUGUUAGGAGCAGAGCCGAGCAGGUGUGCCUAUAAGCAGUAGGAAGGGACAGACAGCUGCCGCAACCAUCACCACAGCUUGGUUAGCGCUGUGCAGCAUUCUGCUGUAUAGUUUGGAAGCAACUGCUACUUUUCAUCUUUCCCAAGUUUCUUACCAACUUGCAGAUUUGCCUUUUUAUUGUGUUCCCAAAGCUAGUUUGACAGGUCAGCCUGAAGUGAUGAGCGUUCUGACACAAACCGUGUUGUGGCUCAGAAAUGUUGCCUGCAGUUGUUUUACUGUAGUGUUGCUUUGAUUUGAAAAGAACUUUCUACAAAGUGUUAUGUUUUAGGAUACAGCAAAAAAAAUUUUUUUCUUUUUUUUUUUGCUAAAUCCAAUAUUGUGCUGCAUGUAUUCCAUGUAUUCCAGAGACUUUCUGCUUAGCCCUUAUAAUUGCUUUCUGGUUUUCUUCAUCUUUGCGUAUGCAAAUGGAGAACGCUGUAUUUUUUGUAAUUCUUAAUAGUUACUGAGAAACAGAAAUAAUAGAAACCAGAAAGUCUGUGAGCUGUAAUUGCAGAUAUUAAGUAUGUUUUCAAACAGACAUUUUGAAAGCAGAUCACCCUGACGAUUUAAUGACAUUUUAAGGGAAAGCCAAAGCCCCAGAGCAGCCUCUUUCAAAUCCAGAAGUAUUUAUUCAGUCGAUCUGACCAGAACACAAACAUGCAGUGUGUAAAACGCCUCGAGAUGCUGAAAAGACUCGCAGGGAGAAUAGGAUAUAGACCACAGAGAAGUGGCAGUGCAGAGCUUGCUGAUGCUAACGCUACAAUGCAGAACUGUUAUUGAACAUCAGGGACCGCAAGAGUAGCCCCCAAACAAAUGUUUUAUCUCAGUGUUGAAGACAGUUACUUUCUGGGAAAGCAACUGCUGUUUGUAGUGCCAGUCUGUUUACUGAAGUUAGUAGUCAAUACGUUUUGCCAAGGUGAAGUAACUGUGAGAGCUUUCAAUGAGAAGAAGUGCCACUUGUGUGUGGCAGGUUCCCUGGCAUGCCGCCUCCUUGGCUCUGGCACUGUUGCUGAGGGAACUUGUUCCCAGCUUACCUUUGCAUUGGUGUAAGUGUGCACUGCAGUAUGAUGAAUUGCCCCCUGGUAGAGAAGAUUCUGUUUGUUGUUGUUGUUGUUUUUUUCCAGGAUCGAGCUAAUACUUCAAUUUAAAGAGUUAUUUUAAUUAGGUAGGUUUUAUUGUAAUGAAUUAGAAUUAAGUUGGAGUAGCAAAUUAUAUAAAACCGCGAAGGUUAUAGAUUAGCCUCACCAUAGCUACCGCACAGAGUUUGGUAGAGGAGUUAAAGUUCUGUAUUCCAGACAGCUUGGUACUAAACACAUGCAGCAAAUGAAUGGAAGCGUUGUCGCCUGUUAUCUUCCCUCCUUGGUGUGAUUUUUUUCAGCUGAUAAGAAGAUUGUCACACUAAAAGACAGCCCUAACAGGCAGCAAGGGGUGUAAGCAGCAGCUGCACCAGGCUGGUGCCCCCAGCAGAGAGAGCCAGGGUGACAGCAGGGCCACAGCAUUGCCAGGGGUGAGGGACAUCUCUUCCACUGUCAGUGCAGGGCCGAGGCUGACUCUAGUGGCACAUCUCACUUGCAGUGUAUCAUGGCCAGCUGUGUGACAGGAAGCAGAAUGACUGGGCUAGAAGAAUGGUGUUUUGUAGGAGGAUGCUUGUAUCCUCAAGGGGAGGAAAGAAAAAGGCAUGGAAGGAUGCUUCCAUGUGUUGUCCUUGUUUGAGAGGGUGGAAAAGUAUUGAAUGAAUGACUUGGAUUUACGAAGGAGUGAGACUUCACCAUCUUACCCUUUGUAGAGGUUCUGAAAGCAGGCAAAAGUGAGAAUAAAAUUCCUCCCAUUUAGCUGUGGUCACAUUUCACACUUCUCUUCCACAAAUGCAAAUGGCAAAACAGAAGACAAUAGAGAAUCCGGACUUCCUCAUUUAACAACUAACAACCACAAUGACAAACAUAAAAUUGUAUUAUUCUAGUACCACAUGUCAGUAAACGCUCCAGAUUUACUGAUUUACAGUGUAUGCCCUUAAAAAAUUCAGAGAAGCGGUGACUUUCUAAAGGGCACAGUAGUAUUCUGGUCUCUAAAAAUAACCUUCACAACCUAGAGCUUCUUAAACUGAAAAGGAGGGAACUAGGAUGCAGUUAUAAGAACACAGCAUUUCAAUGUAGGAUUAUUAAGUGUCACCGGCUACAAAGGGAUGAAAGCAGUCCUUAAUUACUGACAAGCAUAUUUGUAAUUCACACUCCUACCAACCCUGUCACACAGCCACUGCUCCUUGUUUAACAAGCUGUAGGAGUAGAAUCAUUGAGUCAUAGAAUUGCUCAGGUUGGAAAAGACCUUAAAGAUCAUCAAGUCCAACAGCAGGGACAGUGAGACACCCUAUCUAGGCUGGCACAGUAGCCAGCUGUGAAGCAAGUCAGAGACUGAGAGUCAUGGGACCUCUGCUAUCAGCUCAGGAUUCUUUCAUCAUUACAAUCAGACCUGACUAGUCUGGCUUUCCUUACAUACUAUCUUGAAGGAAGAAAUGCACCAAUGUAAAACUGAGUCUGAGGCUGACCAUCGGUGUUUCAAAGAGUAGGAAUAGUCUUUCCUUUUCUUUCCUGCACAUUUUAGAAUUAACAUACCGUGGAUGAGUAGACACGUUUUCACCUCUAUCUGACUUCUAGAUCCAAAACAUACCAGUUGGCUUAAAUAUUCCCUUACCUGUGUGUACAGUUGCCAGGUGAUAACCACCAAAGAGGAUUUCCACGCACCAAGCUGGGUCUGGUGAUUUUAAACCUGGGCUGGUUCACGCAUUGCUUUUAGCUGAGUGAAAGCUGUGUUAGACACUUUGUGUUAGUGUUGGGCUGAUCCAUAACCUCCAGCGUGCUGAGUGCUGUUGUACAAGGCAGCACACACUGACUGCCAAUGUAUGGGGAAUCCGGAUUCCAACCUGUCCCUUUGUCACCUGAUAAGCACAAUACCCAGAGUUGUGUCACGAAGUAGGGGGGUGAACCUGGCAAUCGAUACAGUGUGGGAUGCGUCUGCCUGUAUAAUAAGAGUGCAGACAAGUUACAGUGCUUUCCUUUCAGCUUGUAUCAAGAAACUUGUAAUUUGAUUGGUAAUUUUGUUCAGAGGAAUUCUUGUACAUGCACCUGUGGAAAACUGGGAAGGAUCAUUGUUUUAAAGGUUGCCCUUUGCAUAUAAAUCACAGCUCUGUGUGCUUCCCCAUUUUAAUUGGGUGACCUUUUGAAUCCUGAGGAUGGGAGCUGAAAUUCUGGACCUGCUGGUUAGUUUAAGGUUUGAAAGCAAUUCACUGAUCCAGCAGCUACUGUGCUGUAAGUCGGAGAGCCCAGAAUGGGAAUGUGAGAAGAAAAAGAUCCACUUAGAAGGCUCCUUCUUACAGCUCAUAGCAAACUGCACCUCUAGCUGAAUUGAUGUGUGUAAAAUACAGGUUCAUUUGUCACUUUAAUCCCUGAAAAGACCUAUCAGGAUUCAGUGAGUAUGAGAUAAACAGGAGGAACAAGAAACAUGUCAUGCUUCCAACAGGACAUUUCUGUGCAAUUAUCAGUUUAAGCUUCCAUUAUUUGUCACUAAUUACUGCACUGAGCUGUUAAAUAUUUAGUAGGAGUUUGUUUAAUUGGAUUUGACCUAUAAAGGAAUCUGUACUCAGCGUACAGUUCAGUUCCAAGAGCCAGUUCCUCUCUCCCAGCUAUAGGUGAAUUUGCAUUCACAUGAGAUGAACCCGUAUUGUCAGGCAAAGAGUUGUCUGGUUUUGCUCUGAUUUUUACCUCUCUCUUUUCCACAUCUUUAUUUCUCUUGAAGGAAUCUAAAAUUAGAGCACAACAUAGGAGUACUGCUUGUGGAUGUAAAGCGGGAGGGAGGUCAAACCUAAACUUAUUCACAGAUGUUGUAGUUUAGAAAGCACCAGGACGAUAAACGUAACAUAGCAAAGGAAAACCCUAAAGCAGAGCAACAACUUGCCGAUGAGCACAUCUGUUUGUGGAACAUUGAUUAAAUCCCUGAACAUCUGAUUAGACAGUAUUGCCUAUCAAAGCUUUGUGUCCCCUGCUACUCUGCUGUGCCUCAGCUGCAGAUAAACCAGGAUUCAUUCAGCUUUGGGUUCUGCUUGCUCUUUGCCUGGCGGUGUCUGAUGUGGUGGAGAGAGCUGUUCCCUCUGCAGAAGGUGAGCGAGAAGCAAUGGGGACAUGAGCAAUAUUCGUUUGUUUCAAACUCCGCAAGCCUGGCUCUCUUCCUGCUUGUCCCAGUCUUGUAACUCCCUUGAUUUCAGUGGAGUUUCUCUUAAUUUAUACCAGGAUAAUCAUAAUCAUCUGCUAAAGUAAUAAGACUUCUGAUAUAUUUCUCAGAAGUGCCUCCUUUUGUCUUUUUUGUUUAAGCUUUUAUUCCCACUUAGUGAACAAUUUUCUUACUGGGGUAGGACACCUGUGUAUUCCUUUCAAGCAUCUGCAGUAUCACAAAAGCCUUUUUUUGCUGCAAACAAGACUUAGGCCUGGGUCCUGAUGAGCAAUACAGCCUCUCCAUGACUUGAGAGAACAGAGGUGUUUUUCCCAGUUUUGGUGAAUUGCAGUAAGCCUGUUCUAACUGUUCCCCUCUCUCCCCAUCACCCUCAUUUUAUCACUUAUAGAGGUAAUCUUGCAUACAUACAGAUACACCUUGCACAGAAUGGAAGAUGUAGUUGUAAUUUCCAUUGCAUUUCAUUAACCCCCAAAUAGUCUAAGGGAGGCUUGUGGAAGGGUAUUACCUGGCACUGUAGGUUAAAGCAGCCUUGGAGCUGCUCUGAUUUAUGGCAGGGUCUCCUGGUUAAGCCCCUUAAUGCUCCUAAUGAGGAAGGGGCAAGGAUGGGGAACAGACGCUUUUAUUUGCCUCUAUUCACUUCUGGUGACAAUGAUGAAAGUCUUAUUUGCUGUACCUAGAAAUAUGUCAUCCUUUUCCACACAUAAAACCUGUGAUAUAUGUAUUUACAUACAAUAAUCCAUCCAAAAAGGUAUAACUAGUGUUUUACUAGUGACUUAAUGUAAGUCUCUGAAGAAAAAUCAGUCUCUGGGUUUUGUUUGGUUGGCUUUUCAUUUUCUGUUUGGUCCCUGAGAGCACCCUAUCUAAUUAGAGGGUUUUUUCUGAUUUUGUUUUCUCUGGUCCAGCUGGUAAUAUUUGAGUAGAAGACCCAGAAUAUGAGACUUUAACAUAAAUGUGAUUAAGUGAAUGAUCUGAUUAGCAGUCGUGUCAUCUCAGAGAUGUUAAUGUAAUAUCAACUCACAUAGCUUAGGUGAACUAAUUUAUACAAAUAACCACAGCUCAGUGCAGACUUUCUUAAAUUAUCAUUGUCAGCAGCGGUCACUCAUGACCUAAGAUGACUGUUCAAGUGGCCCUGGAUGUCUGAGAACAGAGCUGGUUCUCAAAGGCUGGUAAACAUCAACUCGCCCCACAUAAGUGGUAUUUAUGCACAGACAAGUGAUAUUUAUGGGCGCAUAGCUUCUCUUGGGAUUUAACCCCUUCUUUGUAGUGGAAAUGGCUCUAUUUUAGUUCAGAUCAAAUGUUUCUUUCCUUGGGAAUCUCAAGUUUCAGAAACUGUGUAUUGUUAGGCCUGUGCUGGUGGUCAGAAUGGGUCUGGAUGAAGCUCCGUGCCCACCUCAGUGCAUUUAAAAGUUCAUCAAUGCUUCUCCUGCUCCGUCAGCUGCACUGCAGCACUGAAAGUACUGGUGGCAGGCACACCUUGCUGGAGUAUUUUCUCUUCUCUCUAGUGCUUCAAAAUCUCCAUUUGGCUUCCUACUUUGCAUCUAUGGAGAACUGUAAGACAUCAUCUGUUUUCCAGCUCCCUCAUUCACUCAGGAUAAGUGUGACCACUGAUCUCUGAAUGUAUAUUCACUUAUAUGUCAGAAGUGGUGUAAUUCCUGAAAACACAUUAUAAACAUCUGUUAGUUCCUAGAUUUCAGAUAAAAUAAUUUAAUUUCUUGUCGUUCGUGUUUUGGGAAAGGAAGAGAGGGACUCAUUAGGGGAAAUAAUCAAUGGUCACAUCAUCUAAUGAUGAGCUUCAACUGCAGUUGCUCUUUGUAUUUCACCUAUGUGAAAAACACACGUAGUUGUUCUGUCAGUACAGCUAAGGAUUGUAGCAUAGAAUGGACCUGGAUAUAUCCUUAUAGAAAGUUUAAAACCUCUUUUAAUAUACUUAGUGGAGGUGGGCUGUGGAGAGGAUUGCCCUUACUGUGGGAGCACUGCUAAAUCCCACCAAUAUUACACAUUCACCUGUUUUGCAGAACAAUCUGAGAAGCCCGCAUAACAGAAUUGUCUUUAUUGCCUGCAAUAGCAGAGGAGCUGGGCCCUUAAUGUUUUGGGGCACUGAAAGCAUGUUUACUGCUUUCAGAUGCUUUGAAAUAGCCCAAAUAUUCUACUGAAAUCAGCUCCUGACUAUGCAGAUUUGGUUUCAUGUGUGAUUUGGAGCUGGCUGAGCCUCUUCCUCUCCUGGAAUGAACAUCAGGGAAAAGAAUCCUAACCCUGAGGUCUGUGAAGCUGUGAAACAGCCUCCCAGGAGGAGCAUUGGGAGCUCUAAUUAAAAUUGGACUGGGCAAAACACUUGAAAUUACACUAUAGGCAAUAAUCCAAUGCUGGCAAGAUGGGUGGAGAAAACGCCCUAAUGGGUCUUUUCUGUCUUUAAAUUCUAUGAGUUCUUGUUCUUCUCUUUUAUUAUGCUAUUUCACCUUUUUCUUUAAUAGUGACAUAGUGUCAUCGAGAAAGGAUUAUAAGAUGCUGUUGUGAGCUGAGUAGGUUGAUGUUAAAUGCCAAAAGGAAAGGCAACAGUUUCUCUGCAGAUUCGCAGUGAUUAUUUGGAGACAAAAAAAAAAGAGAGAAACUGCAAGCAAGGGACAUCAAUGCAGUGUUUCUGAUCUGUUCGACAGUGGCAAAUGCCUGCAAUGUAUGUGUUUAUCAUUUUGACAUUGCGUUUCAUAUUCUCUGUGUAUGAAGAAUAACCACAUUUCCACCAAACCUAGCACAGGUGUGGAAAAGUCAUUUGCCGUAACUGUACUUCACUCAGAUUGCUACAGAUAUCUUUUAUCCAAAUGUUUCAAAUAUCCCCAAAGAGUUGGAAAAGAGUAAUAUCUUUUUACGUCUUAAUUUAUAGGAUGUAUUUAAUCUUAGUAUCUCACAAAUCUAAAUAUCUCAUCCGUUUAGGCUUGUAUAUAAUGAUGUUAUGGUUUACCAGGAAAGAAAGUUGUCACAGUACAAUGGGACAUUGACAAGAAACUGUGCAGCUGCACUGAAACACCACAAGUUUGAAGAAAGGGUAUAAAAGUCAGCCUUUCCUAAGAUUUUUCUAGAAGUUUUAGUUGUGUCUGAACAAGUUUCAUUUGUUCACUCUACUUGCGCUCCCUCCUCCCCAUGCCCCUUUCCACACGACGUACUAUUUCACCACUUCUCAAUACAGAGCCUCCUAGAGAAGAAGUCUUAUAUCAUGGCACCCGGCUCAGUGAUGAAGCAUCAGACUGAUGCUCUGGAAACCAUGAUGAUGCUGUGAAACUGAAUUUUGGAUUCUUCGUUACUGCUGCACUUAAGGUUUUGUUAGUAUGGCCUUUUGCACCAGCCUUUCUUCCUUUCCCUUUAGCUCUGGAAAUUCCAGCAUUCUCUUAUUAGCUGCAGACAGCUUGAAAAGUGUGGUACAGAGUAGGAAGUUUGGAAUAAAAAGAAGGGAAGAGAAGCAGAAAAUCUCGAUUAGAAAGUAUAAUUUAAUAGAACGUGUAUUGAACCAAAUGUAUUGAUUAAUGUGGAAGAUAUAGUACUUAUAUUGAUUCAAACUAGAGAUUUAGUACUAAAAGCUGUAAGCCAAAAAGCUGGUGCAGAUUGCUACAAAAGUCAGUUUAAUGCUGUCCUUGAGAAUGCCUUCACAAAGAAAUUCUUCUAAUGUUUGAGGAGUAGGUAGAAUGCGGUAUAUGUCAGUUUGAUCCCGGAGGGUUUUAUUUUGUACUCUAAUAGCUGUUACGAGCCUACAUUAUAUCCAAGGAGUAAUUUUCCUUAGGGGUGCCCAGCUCGCUUUGUGUCAAUAUUCUAGCAUUUUAAGUCACGUACAGUAUAUGCUUCUGGGAACAGUGCAGGAGCCAGCCAGACUCAUAAUGGUCUGCAUUCAUUAAUAAAGGCAGAAGCUUCUGUCCCUCCAUUGCCCACUACAGGGAUGCCUCCCUGGUCUUCGGGGACCCGUACAGACACAUUUAAAGAAAGCUUUAUUUUGAGUGGGCAGGAGAUGAAAUGCAGGACUUGCAGGCAUUUCCUAAGUCAGCUUUAUGCCCGAGCACAGGGGUGACCUUAAUGGGUCAGAGAAGAAUGCAGGUCAAAAGACUUAUUAUCCAGCCUGUUGGAAACCAAUUGCUAUUGUUAAAAAAAAAAAUAAAAAUGUAGUGCUUAAAGGCUGAUAGUAAUGUAGAGUUCUGUUUUACAACCCGGUACUGUAUUGCAGUGCGAGGGGGUUGGCGAGUUUUUGUUGUAUUUUGUUCUUGAAUGCAAAAAAAAUACAAUAUGAUCCAUAAUGCACACAGAUAAAGGAUUCCAGAUAAGUGAUAACACGUAGGGUACCAUAAUUACUUAAUCAGUGAUGAUUGAUUACUCAUGUUUGUGUUCUUGAACUAAGGAAAAAAUAACAUGCUGCUUUGGUGCUGUUACCAUCUGUUGAAAUAAAGCAUCCACAUUUAAUUUUAUAUUUCUGCACUUGUACCCUCUUUGCACUCUUUGUCGGGUACAGCCGUGUCUUGCUUCGUCUAGUCCUGAGAGCACGAGUCUCGUUAUGCUGAAUUCAACUGCAGUUCACAUUAAAGAUACUAAUGGUA